AUGGACCUCUUUCUACCACAGCGGCUGGCCGGCGUUGAUCUACGAACAAGUGAAUCGUUUGACAGCGAAGAAGGCUUCGGCCACGGGCCUUUCCAGAAGAGGACGCUCCUUCUGAUUCUUCUGGGAGUCUUUUCGAUUACUAGCCAAACCACCUUGGUGCCCCUCCUCACCGCUGACGUCGACCAUUGGUGCAAGCCGCCAGCCGGCUUCAACAUCUCUGCAGCCGAUUGGAAGAAUAUUGCGAUACCGACAGAGGCCAACGGACGCUUCAGCCGCUGCCGCGUUUACGAACGCUGCAAGCCCCCCGCUGACCCCAGCAGUCCCAUUCAAGAUAGGAAGAUUGGCGCUGGACCUGCCGAGGCCGGCUGGUGGUACAGCAGAUGCUUCCUAGGCCAGCGUGAGCUCGACGACACCAACGACACACUCGAUGCGCCCUGUGAAGAGUGGGACUACGACGUUCGGACAGCCGAGACCAGUGCGGUGAGUUAUUGGAAUAUGGUUUGCCACCGACGUUUCCUGCCGGCAGCCCUUGUCACCCUGCACAAUACCGGUUCUGCAAUUUCGCUUAUUCUGCUCGGCGCCUUCGUGGACUACGUCGGCAGGAGAGCCAUGCUCGUGGGCUCCGCCGUGGCGGUGGUGACCUGCACGGUGUGGACCAUGGUGGCUACAAGUUACGUGAGUUACGCCAUGGCACGUUUGCUUAACGGGGCCAGCGUCGCCGCAUACGCGAUUUUUCAUUCCUGA